AAAAUAUAUGUUAUGCAGAACUGUUAUCAUUUUUCUGCUUCGGAAAAGACGGGCAUUUCCGGUUUCCGCAAACAAGUGGUACGAAUUACAAGUAAUAAACCCACUAGCAAUAAAAUUAGGUUACAAAGGGAAACAAAACAAAACACAAAAACGUCAAAUCAGAGUUGAGGUUAGGCACCAUGCAAAGAUAAAAAAAGAACCUAGAGAUGAUACGGACUUGGAGCAGCGUAUUCCACGUCAUUUGGUGCAGCGAGAUAUAGCGGCAAACAUUUCCGUAUCAGUGAAUACCAUUGACUUGACCCGUGACGAAUAUUUCAAUGAAUUCGAGAGCUUCCUUAACAGUAUCCAAGAUUACCGUAAACCGCGAAAGGACAAAAGAAUUUUCCGCCAACUAAAACAUGUUGAAGAAGUCCUAGCUCUACAAACAGUUCAUUUACAACUGAUUAGUUUUUAUCAGGAAGCUUACAUUGGCACUUUGUUUGGAAUUAAUUUUAAAAAUGUCAUGAUAUAUGGAAGGAUCAUCCCGGGUGCUGUACGGCAGGAAAAUAAUACACAAAUUUACAAAUUAGACGAUGGAUCGGGAACGGUUGAUGUCCAUUAUGCUCAUGGUUUACCAAAGGAUGUUGAAAAUCUAGUUUCCAUCAAUAAAUGCGAGGAUAUUCUUGCAACACGCAGUCCUCUCAAUGAAGAACAAGUACCUGACAGUACAGAAGAAAAGGAACAUUUGAAACUCUUGCUAGCGUUGGUGAAAAAUCGUUGCCAGCAACGAUUAGAAUAUUUUACACUUGGCACUCGAUGUUUCGUUAUCGGUCGACCGUUUUUAAAUCGAUGGGAUCGUGUCUCGAUUUACGCCUAUACUAUGCACGCCGACGCUGAUGCACCAGAAAAGUCUGCAGAAGUGUUCUGGAAAACGCACCUCGCCAUAUGUUAUGAACAGAGGUAUGCUCCUGCCCUAGGGAUAAAUCAACGGUGAUAUAACAUUUUGAAUGUCUUAAGUGCUAUUUUCAAGUGCAUUUAAUUACGCUGAUAAGAAGUUUAUAAAAUUGAGUAAUUUUGAUGUAUAUUUCCGCGCACAUAUUCUAAAAAAAAGUAUCAUUCCAGCACAAAAGAAUAUAACGCGUGAU